GUCAGCGGAAGUAUUUUGAGCGUACGUAAGCUAGGUCACAUUGGUUCAGUUUUGUAAUGUUUUGAGAAACAACACCAUUAUGGAGGCAGCUAACGCAGACGAGAUCCGACUGAGGCAUGUGGAAAGAGAGGUCCUGAUCCCCAAGAUGAUGAGGGAGAAAGCCAAGGAGCGCUGUGCUGAGAAAGUUGCAGCCUUUGCCCAUUGCUGUAAAGAAUCUGGUUUCUUCAUGGCGUUUAAGUGUCGAGAGGAGAAUUCAGCGCUGAAGGAAUGUCUGACACUACACUACAAGGACCCUGCGUUCUUUGAGGAGUGUAAGCAGGAGUACAUCCGAGAGAAACUGGAGUUUGAGAGGACGGGGAUCCCAGCAAAGAACAGGAAACAAAAACUCCCAACUAGCAUGUAAUUAACAAAAUGACACCCAAGCAACUUCACUUCUUUGAAGGUGAAGGUACGGAACAUGGGGCUCUAAGCAGAAACAGCAUAAAGUCCUGCACAUCGAAGAUACAUGGCCAUCUGGCAGGGUUUAUUACUGAUAAAGCCACAUGCCUUUGAUUUAUUUAAACCUGUUGUAUUUGUGACUGAAACUACAUUGGUGUGCGAGAGUGGUAUAUAAUCAAAAUGAUGCCUGUUUUUUUUUUGUUCUCCAUCUGAUGGCCUCAGUUGUUGCAUUAGAAUCUUUCUCACUUGAUUGAAUCAGCUGCAUUUAUAUUACAUUUACCAAGGAGUUUAUUGAUCGAUAAGAGUGCUGCACUUUGGCAGUGUGCAGUCUGCCGAAUACUUUGUGGUAUGUUUAUAUUCUACAUACAGUGACAACUCAAGUGGUAAUGAAGUGUCUGACUUGUUGCCCCUGCCUGGCGUGGAGUAGCAUCCUCAGAAGGUGCAUAUUAACAUUCAGAAAGACUUCAAGUCAAUGUUUGUAACACAUCUCUAACAACUAACCAAGCAAUGUAACCCAGUUACAAAAUCAUGUGAUCAGGUGACAUAUGCAAUGAAAUGUGACAUUGUAAAUAUUCUGUGGCAGUAAAGUGUAUAUCAGUGGCAAA